UUCUCUCUCUAUAUCCAUCCAUCCAUCCAUAUAAACACACGAAGAAAGCACAAAGCAAUGUGCGUUUGAAUACAGAGAGGGUUUAGAAACUCUGGCCGGACGUUCACGCUCUUCUUGUGUAAAUUUCACUCCUUUUUUAUACAUCUCAAUUGGGUUUUUCUUAACAAUCAACACUCAACACUCAAUCUAUCUAUUGCUAUUUCUAUUGCUUCCUUUUGCAAAGAUUGCAAAACCCUCUUCACAAGGUACCCCUGACACCUUUCUUACCUUGAAAAAUUCCGAUCCUUUUCUUUUAUUUCUACUGGGUUUUGAAUUUAUCCAAGUGGGUUGUUGUUAGGGUUUAAGUUAUUUGAUCAAAGUCUAUGGGUGAUCAUUUCGUAUUGUUAGUUGAUCGUUUGUUGACGGAAUCAACACUUGAGGCUGCAAUUGAGAGUAGGAAUCAAUUCAAAUUUGAUGAAAAACCUGUUGAUGUAACAGUUGAUUGUUCUUCAAAUGGCGUGUAUUUACCUAGUAAGAUGGUUGAAUGUAGAAUAUGUCAAGAUGAUGAUCUUGAUUCAAAUAUGGAAAUUCCUUGCUUUUGUCGUGGAAGUCUUAAGUAUGCACACCGGAGAUGUGUUCAAAGGUGGUGUAAUGAGAAAGGUGACACAAUUUGUGAGAUUUGCCAACAGCCAUUUAAGCCCGGUUAUACUGCACCGCCUCCUAUGUUUCAAUUUGGGCCAAUUCCGUUGAACUUUAGGGGAAAUUGGGAAAUCAGUAGAAGGGAUUUGAAUAAUCAACGGCUUAUAGCAAUGGUCUCAACUGACCGUAAUUUUCUCAAUCACAACUAUGAUGAUGAAUAUUCGGUUUCUUCAACCAGGAACUUGUUUUGCUGUCGUUCAGUUGCCAUAAUCUUCAUGGUUCUUCUGAUUUUGCGACAUACACUUCCAUUCAUAUUCGGUGAGACAGAUGACUAUUCCCUCCCGUUGUUCUUGUUAUUACUCCUUCGUGUUUCGGGUAUUGUACUUCCUAUUUACAUAAUCGCAAAGGCUGUGAAUGCUAUCCGGUGUGCUCGUCGCCAAAGGGAGUCUCCUACAACUAUGGGUUCUUCUUCAGACGAAGAAACAGAAGAGAUGAAUCUUGAGCAUCGGGCGCAUAUCAUUCAUAUUCCAUGAAGAUUCGGUUAGUCUUAUAUCAUUCCACUUGAAAGAAUGAAAGAGGUGUUCUAUUAUAUAAUAUAUAACAAGCAGCACCCUUCAUCAUAGAUCAAUUGCAAGAAGAAGAAAAACUAUUAUUAAUUCAUAGUAUGCAACAACUAUUAGGAAUGUAUAGACUUUUUAAUGCAUUUUCAUGGAAGAAAUCAAAGAAGAAAAUGAAUGGUAGUGAUUUAGCCUAUUAUUUUCAAGCUUGAUGUACAAAAGCUGGUUAUAAUCAAUCUCAAUAUAGACUUUUCUAUUCUAUCUG